AAUUCCACUUUAAUAAUGUCAUUAUUUUCUGGCUACAUUCAUUUGCAGGUCUUGAUUGAUGGUCCAUGUUCCAAUGUUGCCCGUAAACAGAUGAACUUGAAAGCACUGCAGUUGACACAAUAUAGACUGAAUGUGCCGGCAUCUUGCAGACAGAAGAUUAUCAGGAAAAAUUGGGAAAAGGAAAACAUCACAGAGAAGUGGAGUAACUCUACGUGGGCCAAGAAGAUUGCUUCUAGAGAAAAGAGAGAGACUCUCACAGACUUUGACAGAUUCAAGUUAAUGAAGGCAAAGCAAGCAAGAAACCGCCUCAUUAAUGUGGAGUUUGGCAAGCUGAGGAAAGCAAUGAAGAAGUCAGGUGGCAAAAAGAAAUAAACUGUACUUUUCCUAUGAAAAUAAAUAUGUCGUCUAAAGGCA